AUGGAUAGAGCUCUUGUACAUCUGCCCCCGGCCCCGCCAAAUCCAGCGAGAAUUGCCUUGGCAUCGGCUGCAGCUAGCGAAAUAUUGGAACCUGCCAAGAAUGCUGUGGCAGAAGAUCUCUUCUAUCGGUACAAUGCAAUAGACAAGGCAAAGGGUGCGAUCCGGUUGUUGAUCCUAAAAGGAGGCAGCGGGAAUGACAUCAAGUGCGAAUUAGUUCAUACAACGAUUGACCGAAACAUCAUCCCCUACGAAGCAGUCUCAUAUACAUGGGGCCCAGAAUUUGCUGCUGAGUCAAUUAACGUUUGCGGCAGAAGACUACCGGUCACCUUCCAUCUGAGUCGGAUAUUGCGAGAUCUACGCCAUGCAGAUGAAGAUCGUGUUCUUUGGGUUGACGCCGUCUGCAUCAACCAGCAAGAUGCUACGGAAAAGGGACUACAAGUUGCACAGAUGAAGGAUAUAUUCAGGUCCGCAAAAUGCGUCUUGCUUUGCAUAUGUCGAUCAACAGACUACACUGAUUUGCUCAUGGACUCCUUGGCCAAAUUGGAAAGCAACCUUUGCGAUACCCAAUCCUACGACAGCCAAGAUUUGAAUACUUCUUGGCGUGAUGUACAAAAAGCCAUAGCAUCUCAACAUGUGGAGCCUCUUUCAAGGCAUUCUGAAGCAUCACUGGAGAGACAGUUGAAGGCGUUGGCAUCUUUACAACGUCAGGGUCUCGAAUAUAUUCUCAACUCACCUUGGUUUCUCAGGGUGUGGAUUUUGCAAGAAGUUGCAAAUGGGUCCAGCGCAUCCGUAUAUUGUGGUAGGAAAUAUGUUUCUGCGGCCACGUUCGCAGUCAGCCCCCGGCUUCUCAACGCUGAAAUCCCACUUGGACAGGAUGGCAUCGUUGCUGAAGUUCUCAGCAUUAUGCCAGGACCAUUGAGAAGAGAUCCCUUCCAGGAGCUGUACCCCUUGCUACAGAGAUUUCGCGGUUCUCAUGCCACGGUGGAAUGCGACAGGAUAUUUGCGCUUUUUGGUAUUUGUCAAGACGUGCACAUCGACACACGUCUGCUGCCAGAUUAUCAGAAAUCAGAAAAGGAUGUCAUUCGUGACACGAUAUCAUAUAUAUGUCGUGUCGAGGUCGCAAAUAGUCCUUUUGACUCGAUAUCUGAUUUCCUGGAGAAAUUAGAUCAUCUCGACAACCUUGUACUUUCAGAAUUAUUGUUCUCGACAGAUCAUAUAAAUGCCUCAUCUCUUCUACGUCAUCGCAAAGGAUUCGUAACAGCCACACAAGAAUUAUUAGAUCUGGCGAGUACCAAUACUAUGAUUGGAGAAGGUGUAAUGGCACUCCUCCUUCAGCAGCACAAUGCGGACACGGUUCUUUCAGGUUGGGAGGCAUGGGAUUCAUUACGCUUCGCUGCAAAGAACGGACAUGAUGCCCUUGCCGAAUUCAUGGUGGAAAGGAUUACAGAUAUCGACAGCCUCAAUGACAGUCUAUCCGUAAUGAAAACUCGUUUAUUCCUGGCUGCGGAAAAUGGCGAAACCACUCUGGUCAACUUGCUACUGGCCAAAGGGGCAAAUAUAGAAGGCAAUGGACACUACGAAGGCUGGAAUCACCGGUGCGCUUCACCAAUCACAGGUGCCGCGCGGUUCGGCCAUACCACCGUCGUCCAGAUUCUUAUUGACAAUGGUGCCGAUACGAACUCUGUAGGGUUAAACGGAGUCACACCGUUAUUGAACGCUACGACGGGCGGACAUGAAGACAUUGUCAGCCUCCUUUUGAACAAGGGGGUGAAUCUGUUAGCUACAGGACACAUUGGGAAACAUACGCCACUUCAAAUAGCAGCCAAAACUGGACAAGAAGCUAUCGUUCGGCUUCUCCUCGCACACGGCGCUCCUGCCGACGGGCGCAGCGACAAUACACUUUCAAGGUCCAACGAAGCGCCGUUGAUGAUCGCAGCCCGUUACUGUCGUCCGUCCAUUCUAAGGAUGCUCUUCGAGGCAGGAGCCUAUGCAACCCAAAGUGAUCUCUAUGAUAUGAUGGAUGCGGCAGCAAAUUAUUUCAGGCGUAGCGAUUUCAGUUCACUUGGAUGCGACCGAAUUAAACGGCACGAUCAAGAAGUUGUUGUUCAGAUUCUAUUGGAGAAGGGUGCAAAACCUAACUAUACUUUGAUCCACAGACUCUCAUCCACCCCUGGGACUAUUGCUCAGCUUCUCGUUAAGCAUAUUGCGAUCAACGGGGAAUCUCCUUACACGAUUGAGUGUCAUGGUCGCGUACAACAACGUUGUUCUACCACCACGCCAUUGAUAUACGCAACACGAGCCGGAAGUACGCACAUGGUGAAGCUCUUAAUAGAGAAUGGAGCCAACCUCGAAACUGGAAAUUCUGAAGGCCGAACACCACUUUCAUUGGCAGCAGGAAAGGGAGAUAGGGAUAUUGUUGAGAUAUUACUCGAUGCGGGUGCCGAUGCUGAAGCUGUAGAUGACAACGGACAGACGCCUCUGUCCAGAGCUCGCUCUACGAGUGUAUAUGGCUUUUUGGUGGAAAGAUGUGCUCGUAGAAAGGGGCACAUGCUGGUUGAUCAAAAGGUUUGCAGCGGGCAUAAGGCUUGA